CUAGAUAGCAGAAUUUGAUGGGGUAGCAGGAAUUGGCCGACACCGUGUUUCCAUCUUUGUGCCUUUCAAGUGAACGUGGAGGACUUUGCCGAUAUCAGGGCCAACCGUCCACAACAAAGUGGAACCGCCUCUGUAUGGCAGAGAAAAAGCGAUUCACGCAGAUCGAGGAAAAAACGUUGUUUAUGGAGUCUCUUGGCCUGUCCUUGACUCCAGCCUUCAAGAGGAGAAAGCCAGGCCAGGUGAGAGUAUGCUCACCUGAGGAGACAGACUCUGAGGAGGAGGAGCUGUGGACCUCUGGAUUGACAGCAGGUGCUGGAGUGUGGGAGCCACCAACAGUCAGACAGGGGUCUCUACAACAGCCCAGUACGUCAGAUGCAGUUUCUGUGCAGAGUCUCUCAGGGCGGGGCAGGAGUGACCAGGAGGUCUCUGGAAGGACCAUUCCUGCUCAUCCAGAGACCGACCCCACCAGAGGAGGAGCAGAGAGGGGCUCUGCAGUCCAGGAGGAGGUCUCACUAGUUAUCUACCAAAAACCGGAAGUACCUAAGGAUGACGACUACUUCUUCUGUGAUGAGUGUAGGACUUUCUUCCUUGAAGAGUGCGAGGUCCACGGCCCUAUCUUGUUCAUGGCUGAUCGCCCCGUUGCUGUCGGAGAGAAAGACAGAGCCAAGAAGACGCUGCCCGCUGGGUUUGAGAUCAGAGAUUCUGGGAUCCCAGGGGCCGGUCUAGGGGUGUUUUACUGUGGAGACAGUGGCAUUCCCAUUGGAACGCACUUUGGGCCCUACGAAGGACACAGGACAGAUGAAGAGGGAGCCCUGGAGAGUGGAUGCUCUUGGGAGAUCUACAAGAGCAGACACAAUGAAUACAUUGAUGCAAGGAGAGAGACAUAUUCUAACUGGAUGAGGUAUGUCAAGUGUGCUCGUAAUGAAGAGGAACAGAACCUAAUAGCGUUUCAGUGCAAAGGAGGGAUUCUGUAUCGCUCCUGUUGCUUCGUGACCUCAGGAGAAGAGCUCUUGGUCUGGUAUGGGGACGAAUACGCCAGACAUCUGGGAAUCGGAUUUGAUCAACUGUGGAGCUCUACUAAAGGAGGGAAAUCCCAGCUGACACCAGCUCAGGCUUUCCCCUGUCCCGAGUGUCCGUUCUCCUACACGUCUCAGAUCUUCCUCCACAGACACAUGAAGAGGAGCCAUGGUGACCUGAACGACAGACAGCUGAAGAGCGGAGAAAUCAAGGUGGAGCCUAGUCUCCUCCCAUACGUCGCAGCCUCCUCUCAAGAACCAAUCGGAGCCUCCCCGGGAACCGUCCAAAGGACAAGUCAGAUUCCAGCAGAAGGAGCCAGACGCCACAGUUGUGAGCAGUGCAGGAAAACCUUUAGUCGCUCUUAUACUCUGAAGAGUCACCAGCGUAUCCACACGGGAGAGAAGCCUUACCACUGUCAACAGUGUGGGAAAACAUUUAGUCGAUCUGGUACUCUGAAGAGACACCAGCGCAUUCACACGGGAGAGAAGCCUUACCACUGUCAACAGUGUGGGAAAACAUUUAGUCGAUCUGGUACUCUGAAGAGACACCAGCGCAUCCACACGGGGGAGAGACCAUACCACUGUCAACAGUGUGGGAAAACAUUUAGUAAAUAUUAUACUCUGAAGUUUCACCAGCGCAUUCACACGGGAGAGAAGCCUUACCACUGUCAACAGUGUGGGAAAACAUUUAGUCGAUCUGGUACUCUGAAGAGACACCAGCGCAUCCACACGGGGGAGAAACCAUACCACUGUCAACAGUGUGGGAAAACAUUUAGUUCAUCUGGUAAUCUGAGGCUUCACCAGCGCAUCCACACGGGAGAGAGACCAUACCACUGUCGACAGUGUGGGAAAACAUUUAGUAAAUAUAGUACUCUGAAGUUUCACCAGCGCAUUCACACGGGGGAGAAACCAUACAACUGUCAACAGUGUGGGAAAACAUUUAGUCGAUCUAGUACUCUGAAGAAACACCAACAACUUCACAAAGGAGUCUCCACCCAAACAAUCGUGUGAAGAAACAAAAUGGUUCCCAGACAUUGUCAUUAUAAUCAAAUAAAAAAUGGUUCAUCCAGUUUUUGUGAUGGUUUUGAAUAAAGUUUUUUGCCUAAGAUCUACCUGAUUUUGAGUUCACAUUUUGCCUUCUCUGUUGGACUUUUUGCCCUUUUUGGAUUUUGCCCUUGUUUUGGAAUUUUGUGAUCUUCUGUGUUUUCGCCCAAAGACUUUGUUAUAAUAAACCACAUUUCAGAUUUGCAGAUCCGGGCUCGAUACCCAACUCUUGACAAUUUUAUGUUAAAGGGCACAUGAACGGUUUUAAUUGUUUAUCUAAUCAGCUUCAUUUAUUUAUUUGUAUUCACGUCUGUAUGAGUGAAGGUUUUUACCUUAAAAAAUUAGCUGAAGAAAAAUAGUUGGAGAGAGAACAUGUUGCUAACUAAAUGAUUUAUGACGACGUCAGUAAGGUUGGCCUCGUAGAUCUCACGUUAUUUUUACAUUUAUUGCAUUUUAUUUAAAUAUUUAUCCUGUAAAGAUGCAAAUAAAAUCGAAUAUCCAGUGUUGAGAUGUCAGUUUUGUCUGGAUAAAAUAGAAGCAGUCCGACAUGGUGGUGAAUUAUAUAGGCCUUUGUCCUGUUAUAACGUUUAGGAUGUAACGGGUGAGCCGAGGU